AUGAACUAUAAACGCCUUGCGGGGCUUUCCUGUCUAGAACUGAGGAAGGAGAUACUAGAUUCCGCUAGGAAACACGUACGAACGCGGGCGAUAUGGAGUCAUUACAUCCAAGAGGUGUGCAAGAGGAUCGUAAAGCGUGAUGAAGUCUCGGAGAAUGAGGAAAGGGAAAAGUUUACACCUACGGAUAUCUCUCUUAUCCUCGCUGCCUUUGCCACAUCACGUAAAAGAGAUGCUCACUUAUUCAACCUUCUCCUAGAGACGUCCAGGACUGACAUUGACAAGUUCAACAUCAGAGAUUUUGCCGUGCUGUAUAAUGCCCUUGCCAAAGUUGGCAUGCGGGCUGAUGACAUGAUAAAUAGCUUCAGUUCUAACAUUGAGGCUAAGAUUAACGCGAAAUCAUCUGAAAAGGAUCUUGCUCUGCUCUUGAACGCAAUGUUGGAGCUUGCUGUAAGUGACCUUAAUGGGAUAUUCGUCAAAGCAUCCCUGGUGAUAUCCUCCCGUAUCAAGUAUAUCGCAAACUGCCAUACGCUAACUCUGUUGUUACAUUCGUAUUCACGUUUCAAGGGAUUUGACCGGAUUACGGAACGGCCAAAAGAGACCACGGCACGGAGUGACGAGCAGCUCCAAACUGAUAUUGAUAAUGUCUUGGCAACGGUAACAGAACCCUCGCCAGAAUCAACAUUGAUAACGGAAACCACGUUGUCUUUACUUGGUAGAUGUGCGGAUCUAAUGAUGGAGAUGAGAGCUACCGAUGUGAUGUAUUUUUACAGGGCGUCACUGAACCUCAUUUACGCUAACUCUGAGGGUGUUACCCAACACCUUUACGCUUCUAUAUGCAACCUUCACAAAGCACAUAUCAGGAUCCGGGAGCAUCUUCUUGAGUUUGAAGCUCGGGAGCUCAUCGCACUGCUUGAGACGUUUCAGAAUACGCGCAUGGUUGUGGAUGGUAAUGCUCCGUUGGACUUGGAAGGGGCUCUUUGGGUUACCAAUAGUGAAAUACUGAACCAAACACCGUCACUCCAGGAAGAAGUUACAAGUGAAUUGCUCUACCGAACCACAGUGAUGUCAUUCUCUGAAUGUCUUGCUUUCAUCAAAUUACUGCCGUUUGACGAUCAUCGUGGCAUCCUUGUAUACCGUCGUCUGUUGUACAAGGUCAAAAAAAUGAAGGAGCUCAAUAGCUGGGAGCGGUGCGAACGGUCAGAUCUAUGGGACCUUAUAAUAUACCUGACUAAAAGGAGCGAUAUCGCUACUAGUGUGGAGGCCCAGGAACUUAUGGUGGUUUUGACUAAAGGAAUAACGGGUACUUUGAAGCUGAAGGAAGUAGAUGCUAUGUGUCGACUUGCCGCAUGUUUGGGUGCUAAGAGCAACUCUUUACUUAAAAAGAUAAUGUCUGUACCUUGCCGAGUUGACUAUCUACAAGCUGGCCAGGCUGCAUCGUUACUCUAUCACCUCACUGGUCUGGGUUACAUUGAACAUUUGCAGCCCAUAGUGGCCGCCUGCCUUGAAGUUGACAAUUCUCGAGAUGCUCUUAAUGUCCUGGUUUCACUAACAAUAUUGAAGAUAAACCGGCUUAUGGAUAUGCCUGGUCCUUUAGUUGACAAGAUGUUACGGGAAUUGGAUACGUACAAGGGUGAUCUGGAUAAUGACGAUGUGACGUUGAAUAAGAUCGCAUUUCUCAGAUUAGCUGGAAUAGUAGCACUAUCUGGAUACUCAGAGCCAUACCGUAUCUAUCCAAGGAUGUAUGCGCCAUCCUAUCAUGUUGAAAUUCCAAGUGUUCAGCUCAUGUCUAACAAUAAGUUGAAUGUGGAUAUUUGUGUGCUCUGUCUCCCGCAGUGUAUCGAGGAUAUUGCAAAUUCUCUAAAGGACUUUCUAGCACAGUUUGAUAAGAAUACGCUUCUCCACUAUCAGUACGAUGCAGGGGAUAUGGUGGUCCCUAUAGUAAUAGAGUUGCCUGGAUCGCAGCUGGUGGCGGUGCAUGUGUUGCUGAACGACUUUUAUUCAGGGAGUCGACAGAUGCUACGUAUCGAUGUAUAUGCCCAGCUAAUGCUGAUGAACGAGCGUGGAUUUCGUACGGUCUGUUGCCGUGCGGAUGAAUAUGUUAAUGGCAACAAGACUCAAUUUAUCGCAAAACUGGUUGAACGAUGUCACGCUUCAGGUACUUCAAACAUCGCACAAGAGUCAGAACCACAUACGGUGUAUGAUACACGGUCAUAUGAACCGACUAUUAGCCCGCUACAACCAAAAUUAGACAGCUUCUCUAGGCUGAGACAGCUAGUUUCUGAUGGCGGGAGAAGACACUAG